UUCUCUUUCACAUGUUCAACAAACCUACUCACUUAUUAAUCCGCUUUUACUUGGUGCGAUAAUGGACAAAAUAACUAACAGCCUGCGAAAAGUGAUGGCUGAGACAAUAGUUUUCUGACACACAUCAGGCAGAUGCACAGACUGAAGAGAAACAUCAUAUAACAGGAUGCAGUAUCACGUGACUUUGUUGGAUUCCCACUUAAACGUUAAUGGAAGUUAAUACACGGGUCGAUGACACCGAUAGCCUACGGCUUACUGAGACAAUCUCGUGUCGGUUUCCUGGAUAGAACUCGUGAAUGGUAUAAGUUGGGGAAUCAUGAGAAUCUGGAGUCCGCUUAGGCUAACGAGCAAUGGUCCACCAGCGUGGAUCGCACUCCAUCGGAAGGCGUGGCUCACAGGGGAGACCUAUUACAGCAGCGACUGCCGGACACUGCAGGACUACCGGAUAAUCUACUGGAACAGCGCUGACAACUUUCACCUUCCCGACGGACCGGAAGGCGCCUAUUGCGCCUACCAUCAGGUGAACGCGACCGUUUCCGGUCAAUCGAAAAUCUUCAUACACGACUUCACGCGGGGAAACUGCUCAGAACGACAUCGGUUUUAUUGCUUGCAUGAAAACGGGCCAUGUGUUUUCGAGGAAUUCAACGACGUAAAGGGGGUGACGUCCGAUGAUUUUUCGCCACAAAACGACAUAUUACUCAUAGGGGAAAAAUCCAACGACGCAUGUGCAGAACGAUGCCUUAACGCAUCCGACAUCUACCCACAUCCGGACUUGCUGUUGGUCGAGGAAUGCUGGGGUUACACAAUGGACGCUGCCGGAUGUACCCUACACGUGGUACUCAGACCCGACUUCUUUGACGUCAAAUCCAGGAGGGUUUCCGACGUUGGAAGCAGCCUUUAUGUGAAACGAUGCUUUUCAAGCAGUGUAAGUAACGAAACAUUCAACUCACAGAGAUCGGAUGAAUCUGAAUUCCCUGAUACACAGUGCGGUGUUCUUGAUAUUGAAAACUCAACUAUGACGUCACCGGAAGUGGAUGUGUAUCUAGAAGCGCAUACGUGGAACGAAGCGUUCCAAAUAUGUCGCAAAAGUGGGAAACAUCUCCUGAAUGCAAAACGCGCGCUAGAUUAUUUUGCUACGCAACAGACGUGGACAAAGUAUCUGCCUAAAACCAGCACAUACCUAAUUUGGCUAGGACUGCACGAACCCUGUCCCCAAACAGACCCGGAUGUAUGGGUGUGGUCCGACUGCUCGGGGGUCAAGGAAGUCACGUGGGACCCCCGGGCCCCUCCCUCUGGAAGUCUGCUGGAAACGGCCCUGUGCGCGGUUCUCAACGUCACCGCCUCCACGUGGCUUACCGCGAGCUGUGAUGAGUUUUACCCGUUUGUAUGCAUGUCGUUAAAUGAAACAACCGUAAAAUCGUACGAUUUGGGUACGAGCGGUAAUAUCGGGUUAGAUUCCACAAUCGGUCCUAUGAAAGUCUCGAAUACCACCUGCCGAGAGUUAUGCGACACGUGGCGCUAUGAGGAUCAAGAAUGCUGGGGCUACACAUGGAGUCUGGAUACUUCCGACUGUCACGUGCAUUUCACACAUGACGUCACAUUCCAAAACGUCAACUUGACGUCACGCACGGUCUCUAUUUUGUUCAGAAAACAUUUAUGGAAAGAAACCGUCAAAGCGGCUGGUAAAGUAGUAUCAGAAAGCAGCAUAUUUCCUACGUCAUGCUGUGACGUCACUAACAUCAAAUCCACGUGUCCUUCAAACACCAUACCGCGUUACGAGACGAACAUUCCCACCACGACCAAGCAACGCCUGGUCCUCUACCUCCAACCGACCACGUGGCAUUCCGCCCUCCGCACGUGCCAGGAACGUGUCGGCGCCACGUUACUGCGUCUGGACAACGUGUCGAAGAGACACGCCCUGAUACGCUUUAUAGAUUCGUGGUUAGAGCUCGGUUUGUUGGGAUUCACGUGGAAAUCGGAGAUGUGGCUAGGCUUAAGCGAAACUCGGCCCAAUGACCCUUGCUCGUUUCGAUGGUCAGCGGACUGCACGAGACCCACGUGGACAGACUUUGCUGACCCGAACUACGCGCCCGCGUCCCCUGGGGGUCAAUACUGCGUUGCCUUAGAUACGAACGCAUCCUUCGUAAAGAGAACGUGCUCCGAAACCAAGGCAUUUGUCUGCGAAUACAACGAAGGUCCAUGUGGCAUGACACCUGUGACGGGCGUGUCGUGCUCCGAGGGCACAGAAGGAGGCAAGCUCGAGAUCACGAACGCCUCGUGCGAUGAAAGCUGUAAGGCGGCGACUUUCCGUGGCAUGGAGUGCUGGGUGUACGUGCAAAAGGACGCGGAGACGUGCGUUCUGUAUUUCUACACCGAUCCCGGAGCUUGUUCCGAUACUAUCGCCUUCCCGCCGAACAAUACCGCGGUGUAUAAAACGUGCUAUACAGCAUCACAUGAUGUACUUUCUUCGCCAGCAGUAACAGUGGGCGCUGAAAACUGUGUGCACAACUUCAAAUACCCAAUACCAAUUCCUCCAUCAAACUGCCCGAUCAGCUCAACAACAUCCGCCACCACCGCCACGCCAAGAUUGUUCUCUCCGAUAUACAUAUGGCCGUGCCUUUGUUACGUACCGACUUCUCCUAACGUGACGCUAACGUCAACGGAAUGGCAUGAAUGGAUAACGACGUCACUGACGCUAUCGAGGAACGAUACUGCACGCUACCGGCGUACAAAACUUUCUCUGCACGACGGUCGCACUUCUUCCAAGACCAUGGGGUUCAUUGCGGGUAGUCUGUUAGUGGCGAUUGGCCUCUACUUACUUUUGACGGAUGCCCCGAAGAUAGUUCACGAUAUACGCGGCAAUUAUGACAAUGCCAGACACCGCAAGAUCGGCAAGAAGAUUAGUUUCGACAGGAAGCGGGAGUGACACUUCAUAUCGCCUUGAAAAUAAGAUGUUUUAAAUGCUGGUCUUAAUUGUGUACCUACAGAUGUGGUGAAUUCAGUAAACACAAAGUAAAUUGCAACUCCAUGUAUAGAUCUUUAAAUAGGUUGAAGGCAAACGCGCGCUCCUAAUUGUGAGGCGUAUUAUUGCAUUUGAUAAAAAAUAAUGAUAAUAUUUACUCAUCUCGUAAAAAAACAUUUAGAAAAUAAAAAUGCUGUAUUAUCUUUUUUUAAUGUGUUUCUAAGCGUUUUAACUAAGUGAUUAUCCCAGCCGCAUUCGGAAGAUUUGAAUUGAUUUCAUUUAUCUUAAUACCAGCUUCAAAUGAUUUUCUUUUUGGUUUUCAUAAAAACGUGUUAAUAUUG